AUGCUCCUCACCCUCGCUCUCGCUGUGGGAAUUGGACUGGUUCACGCCCAGUCACUGCAGGCUGCACUGCAGGGCGUCACGACGGAUGGCGUACUCGCCCACCGCCAGACGUUUGACUUUGUUGUCGUUGGCGGCGGAUUAGCCGGUCUGACCGUCGCCAACCGCCUCAGCGAGCUCAACGCCACGGUCAUCGUUAUCGAGGCAGGAAAGGACGAUCGAAAGGACGAGCGCGUGUACGAUAUCUACAAGUAUGGUGCUGCAUUUGGGUCCGACCUCGACUGGCACUGGCCGACGGCCGACGGUAAGGCUAUCAUGGGCGGCAAGACUCUUGGCGGCUCGACCUCGAUCAACGGGGCGACAUGGACGCGGGCGGGAAAGGAAGCAUACGACGCUCUCCCGCGUUUCAUGGGCGGCAUCCAGGGUGAGGGCCGCUGGGCGUGGUCCAGAAUGAGCGACUUUAUGAAGAAGAGCGAGACGUUCCGCGCUCCCGAGGAAUGGCAAGCUCAGCUCGGGGCGGGCUACAACGCCUCCUACCACGGUUCCGAGGGGCCCGUGCAAGCGCGCUACACCGCGGGCAUGUACCGCGGUGCUCACCAAGCCGCCUUCACACAGGUGAUCUCUGCGGAUGGCGUGCAGAACAUUAGCGACAGCGCUGGUGGCGUGGCGGCCGGCGUGGGAUGGAGCGCAAGCAGUCUCGAUGGAGACAAUAGGCGUUCGUCGAGUGCCACGGCAUACUGGACGCCGAUUGAGGGACGGACUAACAUUGCCAUUCUGGUUGGAUACAUGGCCACCAAGAUCGAGACCGAGGGCAGUAGUACCAUUCGCGCAAAGGGUGUGAGUUACUCGGGUCCGGGCGGUAAUGGGACCGUCUAUGCUCGCGAGGAAGUCAUCCUCGCUGCUGGCGCCAUCAUGUCUCCCCACCUCUUGCAGAUCUCGGGUAUCGGACCCGCAUCCGACCUCCAGGCGGCCGGCAUCGCCUCCGUCCUCGACCUCCCCGGUGUCGGGCGGAAUCUCCAGGAACAAACGAUGAACACGAUCGCAUGGCCCCGCGCCGAGGGAUACAACGUCAGUGGCGCCGGACCAAGCAACAUGAUCGCGUAUCCCAAUGCGACGGCGCUGUUCGGCAACUCCUCCACUGUGUUCCAGGAAGGUAUGACUGCCAACCUCUCUGCAUUCGCCGAGGCCGCCUUCAAGAAUGGCGGCGCAGUCACCGCCGAGGGCGCCCUCAGCACCCUCCAGAUCCAGGCGGAUGUGAUCAAGCGCGGUGCAGCUGUCGUCGAGCUUUUCCUCGACGGAGGAUGGCCCAACGGUGGCCUCGGCAUCAACAUGUGGACCCUUCUGCCUUUUUCGCGCGGCCGUGUCGUAUCGUCCGCAGGCGCCGUUUUGCCCCGCAUCGAGCCCAACUUCUUCUCCGCCUCGGCCGAUAUACAGAUGCAGGCUGCUGGAGUGCGUCUGGCCCGCCGCGCGUUUGGCACGCAACCCCUCCGCGCACUGGUCAGAAACGAGACCAUGCCUGGCCCAGAGGUCAGUGACGCCGAUGAAGCCCUUAUCCCCUGGAUCGAGUACAACUUUGGCACGGUGAGCCACCCGCUCGGCACAUGUGCUAUGAUGCGCCGCGAGUGGGGCGGAGUCGUCGACGCAAACCUCACCGUAUAUGGGACUAGCAACCUGCGUGUUGUUGACGCUUCCGUGCUUCCCAUGCAGGUCAGCGCGCAUCUCUCGGCGACGCUUUAUGGCGUUGCGGAGAACGCCGCCGAUAUCAUCAAGGAGGCGUACGAGGCGCGCCGCAGCGGACUGGGACAUAGCUUGGUGAGCCGCGCCUGCCGCAGCGCGCGCAUGUUAUUCUGGUGA